AUGGUAGAGAGAGUGGGCGUGGCGUCUACCGACGCUUUUGAAUCGACUCAAAAGGCAGCAGCGAUAGCGGGUGUGGCGGUGGUGAAGGGAGCGGGCGUGGCGUCGGAAGCGGGGAGCACUGCUGUCGACCUCGUGUCUGUCAUGCCCGCUAGCACCGACCCCUCUCCUCUCAAGUCGUUCUCCCACUGGCCUCUCUCCAGCGCCCACCCGCUCCUCACAGCCGGCUCAGCUCGCCGCAACCGCUCCUCGCUCUCCCUCACCACGCUCUCCGACCUGAAUGCUGCAUCCCUCGCGCUGCACCCCGCCCCCUUCGCCCUGCUCGCCCCUGCCACGCCCACCUCCCCCUGCCGCCCCUUCUCCUUCUCCACCUCCUUCACCUUCCGCAUCUCCUCCCCCAACGCCGGGGGGCUGGGCGGCGAGGGCUUGGCGUUUGUGAUGCUGCCGACGCCCACGCUCGGGCUGCCGGGGCCGUCCCUGGGCUACGGGCGCCUGCUGCUGCCUCCGGGGAGCACGACUGCUGCAGCUGCUGCUGCUGAUGGUUCCAGUGUCAGCGGUGCAGCUGUGUCAUCUCAGCAGCACAGGAGUCUGGCAGUGGAGUUUGACACAUGCGCCUCCCCGGAGUUCUGGGACCGGCAGGAGCACCACGUGGGGGUGAACCUGCACGGCAGCAUGCUCUCUCUCGCCUCUGCCCCCGUGCACCCCGUCGGCAUUGCCUCCCUCAACGCCGGUCAGACCCUCCUCGCCACCAUCCAAUACAACGCCUCCUCCUCCCAGCUCUCCGUUUGGCUCUCCCCAGCCCCACCCUCCUCCGCUCCCCGCUCGUCCCCUCGCCCCACCCCUUGCUUCCCUCGCUUCCCUGGUUUCCCUCUGUUGCCUCGCUGCUCCUCCUCCUCCUCCUCCUCCUCCUCCUCCUCCUCCUCCUCCUCCUCCUCCUCCUCCUCCUCCUCCUCCUCCUCCUCCUCCUCCUCCCCCUUCUCCCCUCCUCUCCCCCGCUCUGCCGUCCUCACCACGUUCCUGGACAGCUGCGAGUGGCUCGGGGGGAACGACCCGGAAGCAGCAGCAGCAGCGCCGCCCCCGGCGCUGUUUGUGGGCUUCACAGCGGCUACUGGCAAGGGGUUGGAGCAGGCGCAGGCGCACGAGGUGCUGGGGUGGAGUUUCCAAGUCGGGGAAGCGGAGGAUCCGCUUUCGUUUUGGGCGGCAGACUCGUUCUCCUUCCCCUACAUCACGCCAGCCACUCCCCUGCUGACACGUGGCAGCACAAGGAAGCGUUUCUUCGCCGCCGACCUCUCGGUCGCUGCUGACGUGGCAGCCACCAGCCAAUCAGACGAUCCCGCCCCUGGAGCCAUCUUCUUCCCUCGCCGUCUCCCCCUCCUCUACCCCUCCUCCUCCCCUCCCUUCCCCCCUCCUCCUUUUCCUCUUCCUCGCAGCUCCCCCAGCUCCUCUCCUUCCUCCUCCCUCCCUCAACCCUCAGCCUCCGAACCUCCCGCCUGCAUGGCCCGCUCGUUCACCUUCACAUACGGCUUCUCCAUUAACGUAUCCGCGUCUCAAGGUCUCGCAUUCGUUAUAAGCACACAUGCAGGCGUGGGCCUAGGCGGGGCUUAUAUGGGGUACGGCCGGGACCCGUCCUCGCGACUCGCUAAUGGCAGCUGGCCGGACGGCGCGCGGAGUGUAGCUGUGGAGUGGCGCACUGUAACAAACCCAGAAGGCAAUAGAAAUGGUGUAAAGGUCGGCGUGACCACUGAUUUCAACAUGACAUCGGUUUUCGCAAAGGAAUCGCCUUAUGUGAUGGAGCCCGAGGAGGUGUGGCAGAUGAGGGUUGACUAUAACGGGAGCAGCAAGGAGAUGGCGCUGAGAUGGUACCGCCCCCCUUUUCUGCGAGGCAUCAUGAGGGUCUCUAUAGACCUUGCUGCCCUCCCUCCUCCCUCCGGCCGCCUGCCUUCCCCCGUCACCCUCUUCUCCUGGACCUUCAGAUUCACAGACACAGACCCCUGCCAGGGUUCUCCAGUGCUGCCCUGUGGAACGGGCGUGUGCAGCAAGGCACCUGCACCGUGGGACUCGUCUAUUCUCAUGCCCUCCUGCAAGUGCCCCUUCAAUCUCCCCUCCUUCGAGCCCUCGCACCUCUCCGGCCUGCCCUCCUGCUUCCCCGAUUCCUUCAGGUGUCGCCAUUUCAUUCGCAACCCGUGUGCCCCGGGGGUGUGCAUUGAUGACAUAGACGGCACCUACUCCUGCCUCUGCCCCUCGCCCUUCUUCGCAUUCUACUUCUAUUCGAAAGGCACUGCCCGCUGUAACCAGUUGAGAUUGUUUGAGCUGCGAAUGCCCACCUUCCUGUCUCCCUACGGCCUCACAUGCCCUCUCAUCCUCAACACUUACGGACUCACCCAAGCGGCCUUCUUCCGCCAAAAUAAGGGUGACUCGUGUGACUCCAUCAACGCCCUCUUCUCCACGCGCAUUCAACCGCUCAACCCCGCCCUCAGCUGCUCUGAUGGGCCCAGACCCGGCCAGCUCCUCUGUGUCGACUUCAACCGGACGUGGCUAGACCUGGAAAAGAGCCGCGUGGCAUGCCAAGUCUCUGUACAAAUCACCCCAGCCAUCACCACAACCCCAGCCACACCCCCUCCCCUAGCCGAGUACAUGAACCAGGGCGUGCUCGUGAAGGUGCUGCAGGGCCCGCAGUCCUGCCAGCAGCUGUGGCGGGCGUUUGGCGUCGCCUCCCCCACGCGCUUCUUCCAGAUGAAUCCCGGGCUGUCGUGCGACUCGCUGCAGCCGUUCAGCCCCCUGCAGGGGAAUAUGAUUAGUAGGGUUUGUGUGGCUGCUGUUGACGCCCGGCCACUCUCUGGCACUACAUGCUGUGCUUGCUUGGGGCCAAAGGUGGACCCCAAGAAGCGGCCGCCCCACUGA